AUGGACGCGACCACAAGCGACAGACCGAUGAUCGGCGCAGAGGGCAUCGCCACGGUGCAGAUUCACCUGCCGUCGUUUUUGCCCCAGAAUCCUGCAGCCUGGUUCACGCACGUGGAGGCCAUCUUUGCCCUUCGGCGCAUUACCUCGCAACAAGCGAAGUAUUGCCACGCUGUCUCCGCGCUCUCAACGGAAGUGGUUGCAGAGUUUCACGACCUGGUGUGCACGCCCCAUGAAACCACACCUUAUGACCACUUUAAAACGACGGUGCUGCAACGCAAGUCUGUGUCUGUGCGCAGGCGUCUCCAGCAGCUUCUCAACGAAGAGGAGCUCGGCGACCGGCGACCGUCAGAACUGCUACGUCGCAUGCAGCAGCUUCUCAGUGGCUGUAAGUUGGAUGUAAACAGCCCGCUGCUGCGAGAACUGUUUUUCCAGCGCCUGCCACAGAAUGUAGUCCUUGCCUUGGCUGCCGCACCUGACGACCUGCCCCUCGACAAGCUGGCGGAGCAGGCCGAUCGCGUCGCUGACUAUGCAGUAGGAGGUACUGUGGCUACGGCAUCUAGCGUUCCGUUGUCGCAACUCGAGGACCGGCAGUCUCGCCUGGAGCAACUGAUCGACGACCUCGCCGAGACUAGUUAA